AUGGAAAUUGUGUCCGUCGGCACCGCAGUCAGUUCUAUGAACGCGCAUCAGCUAGCGUUGUUGCUGUCCGACAAGUUGUUCAAAGAAAGCCACAUGUUCAGCAAAGGGCUCCUCGAAGUACUCGAGCGUAUUGUGAUCGGUUCUCUGUCUACGAUCCGCCGACGAAUGAACGGUAGACAACCCAUCAACCGCUUGCCCCUAGAAAUACUCGGGCUUAUUUUCAGAUAUGUCCCAUCCUGUCCGGCCUUCCAGUUCUCGAAAGGGGCGCUCUUCAUGUGGCCGGAGAACGCUAUCGCCGUGACUUCAGAGCUGGUUGAGCUCACCCGCGUCUGCCGUCACUGGCGCGACGUCUCGCUUGAACUGGGUUCUUUAUGGACGAAUUACCAGGAUGGCAUGCACUAUCCUGAUCAGUUCCUCAAACGCUCUGGUGCAGCAUUGCUGAAGGUGUCUAUCAGAGGCUUGCCUAGUCCCCGCGCGGUUGACCUGCUCGGCUCGGAUGGGUCGCGCAUACAGGAGCUGUAUCUACUGGACGUAAACGAUAUGUUCAGCAAGGGUGAAGGUAUCCAGAAGUAUACCGCUUUCACAGCGACCCGACUGGAACACCUCACGCUGGCUACGGACGGCGAUAGGAAGGAUUACAACAUCAACCCCGAUAUUUUUGCUGGCGCGGCACCCAGACUUCGUUCUCUCACUAUUCAGUCACUCACUUGGCUACCUCGGAACCAAUUCUUCAACCUGACUCAGUUAUGCAUUUAUGAUCGUCGACGCGGGGGGCCAAACUACGAGUCAUUUAGGACUGCCUAUCAACUCUCAGAUUUUAUGAAAUUUCUGGCCGGUUGUCCUAAGCUUGAAGACCUCACCUUAGUGGAUAUCUGGUUUGAUACUCGCGGAUCUUCAGAUGGUGGGCUAUCUGCGAUCUCUCUGAAUAGUCUGCGCAGACUCGCAUUGGGCAAGAUGAUACCGCCGCAAGUCUUGACUCUUCUCUCCCACGUCGCCAACUCUGCUGGUAUAGCAACUCGCGUCUUCGGAAUGAGCUGUGGCGACCGCGAUUUUCUUCCUCAACUGGCGAACUUGAUCCCCGUGCACGGCAUGAAAAGGCUUCAGCUGUCUGUUGGUCCGGGAAGGUCUUUCAUCUUCGCGCCGACAACAUCCUCCCGCGGGGCGCGAGUCGAGUUCAACCAAUGCACCGGGGCCUGUGCUCAUUGCGGAGAAUGGAUCAACGCCCUUUGGUCCAAGUGGCCAUUGCUAUCAGUCCGAGAGCUCUGGAUGACCGACCGAAUUAUCCUGUCGAGAUACAACAGCUCUGAUCGACUCCUGCGCACCCUCCCCAACGUGACGGCGCUCGUAAUCACACAGCUCGAAACGGACGAGCAGAGGCGCAAGAACUUCAUGGCCGAAUUCGACCGUCUUAUUGUUGCGCUGACGACGUCACGAAACGCUCCAGCAGACUCGGUACUGUAUAUGCCUCAUCUUGCUGUUGUGCAUCUCUGGUUCUGUGGACAACCUGUAGACCCUUCGCUGCUCAUCAAGUUUUCUGCAGCUCGAGCGCAAUUGGGGCAUCCUAUACGACAACUGAUAGUGGAGUUCGCCUCGCCGCAUAGCUCAUUCGACUCGGCUUUGUCUGUACUCAGAAACCACGUUGGCCGCGUCGACAUUCGCGUGUCCAAGAAACCGCCUUCUAGAGAUCUGCCUGUCGCCUGCACAACUGGAGUUCACGAGUUCUGGCCGUCUUGGUAG